AUGCACAAUCGCUUACGUAUAAACGUGUCCUCCUAUCUCUACUGCAACCUCCUGCUCGACUACCGCCGCGGCGAACGUUACUUUGCCGAAACUCUGAUUGACUGGGACCUUUCCAACAAUACCCAAGGCUGGGAGCCUUCUUACACCGUCUUCAACCCCGUCUCUCAGGCUGAGAAGAACGAUCCUGAUGAGCUCAAAGAUGUCAAGGGAAAGGCGGUAUUUGCUCCUUACGCGAGGUUGUCGAAGAGCGAGUUCGACAAGCUGGGUUAUCCAAAACCGCAUGUGGACUGGAAAGAGACGAAAGCUAGGGCGUUGGAUAGGUUCAAACGAGGGUUGAGGAACGCGGAUAUCUAG